GUCAACCUCACCUUCAGCCUUUCCACCCGCCGAACGUCACGAUGAGCUCCCAGCGAUCGAGCGUCGUUCCCCAGGAUUUCCUUGCGCGAAUCCGAUACUCCAAUGCGCUCCCUCCUCCGCCAUGUCCUCCCAAGCUGCUCGACAUCCCCAACACUGGUCUUUCGAGCGGACAAUACACAUCGGCUAGUUUCGCAUCGAGGCUUGCGCGAGAGCAGCCGCUGAAUAUUGAAGCUGAUGCCGAACUGGGCAUGCCCAUUGACUUGGUGGGCAUCCCCAAGGUGUUCGAUGGGGAUGAAUCAGCUAUCCAUGCCAUGGCACACCCGCCGCCGUUAUGUGCUGCUGAUCGGGCGCUGAUGCGACCGCCCAAUGCGCUUGGUAAAUCGCACAACCAAGCUACAGGCACCUCCUUCUUGCGACGCACAGAGUACAUCACCUCGAGCACAACGGGCGGUUCGAAGUUCGAGUCGAGUAACUCGUCAAACACGAUGCGCGUACGACGAAAGCGAAAGCUCCAAGACGCCUCCGUAGAUGACCCAAUCAACAUCUCCAGACACAUUCUGAAGGGCUUCAACCUUGCGUAUCCGGCCGACGCCUACAACGGGCAAGACAGCUCAGAGAACCUCCGUGCAGCAGAAAUCUCGGCCGAGGAGAGGCAAGCCUGGAACAAGCCCAAGAACCCAAAGAACCCCAACUUGAAGCUGCUGGACUCAUACCCAUUGCUGCCAGAUUGGGACGCUAUGACCGACACAGGCGCGUACAUGAUGUUCAAGUACAUGGCUGCUCCGAUCAACAACCCACUCGACCCCUCAUACGACCCUCGCCUUGACGUCGCGCUCUUCCGUCCCGCUGGUCAGUCAAUCAAGGAUCAAGACCUGUACAUGCAAGAAAAGGAGGCGCAAAAAGAGGAUCCCACAGCGCCAGCACCAACUUCCCGCUUCCACUUCGAGUUCUUCCUCCCCGGCAGCAGAGAGCGAGUCCACGACAUCCAGCGCAACUUCACAACCAACGACCCCACCGCCGAGUCCAUCACUUUCGACGGCGAGGGCGAAGACGACGAAGGCCGCCCCCGCAAAUUCUUCAAGUACGAUAAUAUCCGCACAUAUGAGACCUCACAACAGGUCGCGUGCGAAGACGUAUACGGUGAUGUCGUCGCACUGGCCAUGCACGACCCGGAGAAACACAAGCAGGAGAGCUUGCGCAGCACGAAGCUGCAGAAGGCCGCGUACUUCUACCCGAUUAUUCAGAAAACGAGUAUCAGGCCGAGAAGACCGGGACAUGUUGAGAUGGUCGAGGAGCAGCAGAGGGUCGAUGUUAUCGAGGCGGCGGGGAAGGAGCCAGGGAACGAGAGCGAGAAGAGGGAGUCGUAUAGGAGGAAGGCUGAGCCGAUUGAGGCGUGAGGUGGUGAAGAUGGAGGACGGGGCGAGCUUUUUGGUAGCAUAGCGUGGCGUUGGAGCGGAAAUUUGUAUAGUAUGCAUCUACAUGUAUCUUGACAAGACUGGACUUUCUAUCUGGGGCCUCAGGC